AUGUCUCCAACCACGUCCGUACGCCAGCUAUCACCGCCUUCCCCGAAAGUUCCCAGCUUCCAGCCUUCGCGUAUGGCUAUACCACCGACUGCGUACGCUUCUUCCCACACCACCGCGCAGUAUGCUCCGCCGAAAGCUCCACUGCCUAUUAUCGGUACACAGUCGAAGUCGCCUUCCCCGCCGUAUGCUCCGCCGACAGGUCACAUGCCCGUCAUUGGUACGCAGUCAAAGUCCCCAUCCCCAGAGCCAUUACCAGGACCGUAUGUGCCGCAAAUCUAUCGCGAGCCGCUCGAGCGUCUCACUCGCGAGAUGCUCUACGAUCGCAUAUAUCUGGUCCUCCGAGAUAUCUUGGCUAUCUGGUGGGCGGAGAAUCCGGACGCGAUGCAUCGUCUAGUCUACUAUCUGUCCGACUAUGUCAUCAACCUUGGUGUACACGGUAUCUUCGGUCCUAAUGGUAUACAAUCACUCUGGCAACUCUGCAUGUUCAUAGGACAUGAAGGUAGACGUAGCUAUAUGUGUUUGGCCGUCCAUCCGGAACGCGGCCGCACCAGGGCCCCCACGAUCGUUCUCAAGGGCGACCUCUUCGAGAAGGAGGGGAAUGACCCGUUGGUAGAUGAAGAGGUCUACGGAUUGGCCAAGGAUGGUUUUGAGAGGGCCGCUCUGGGGUUGCAUGCAAUGAUCCUCGCCAAAUCUCCAAAGAUUUAG